AAAGUAGAUAGAUAUGCAUAAUCAAACACUUACAGAUGAAAGUACGGGUUUGACGAACAUAAACACCCGACCCAGGUAUCACUUCCGCCCAUUCAGAUCAUCAAAUAUCUCGAUCCGAUUUCAAUUAUAGUCAUAUCUCAAUGAUAACGAUGAUAAUCCAGAAUGAUCUGUUGAGAUGUACCACAAAGAUGCAUCUUUUUAACAUUAAAGAUUCAACUUUUACGAUGCUAGUAAUGGGGUGGUGGUUGACAAACAUAAAACUCGAUUCAGGUCUGGUCUUAAGAAUCAGAUCCGGCCUUUCAAACAUCUAAAUCUGAUGCUCACUUCAUCUCACUGGAUCCGGCAUUUAUUUGGCCUGGUAGAAUGAUCUGUUGAGAUGUACCACAAAGAUGCAUCUUUUAACAGUAAAGAUUCAAUUUUUACGAUGCUAGUAAUGGAGUGGCGGUUGACAAACAUAAAAAUCGAUUCAGGUCUGGUCUUAAGAAUCAGAUCCGGCCUUUCAAACAUCUAAAUCUGAUGCUCAUGUCAUCUCACUGGAUCAGGCAUCUAUUUGGCCUGGAAGACUCAAACUUUAGGAGAUUUGUUAAAUGCGUAACUGUUAAGGCACUGCCCCAGGUUGAUAGUUGGGGUUUGUAAGUGUUACACGAAGUGAAAAACUUAGUUUUAGGGUUGGUUCUUGUUUCCCCCCAAUUUCUACGUAAUCAUUCCUUGCCAAGUUAUUCAAGGAUCAGUACACCAUCUUAUUGCUAAGUCAAAAGAUUUUAUGAAGCAGCUACUUCCAGGAAAUGUUAUUGAAGAUCUUGAACUGGAGGUGAUAGAUAAUUAAGACCACAAAUCAGUUUCUAUUUAUGAAAUGUUGUUCAUCAAUGACAUACAAUAUUUGUCAUCCUUUCCUAGAAUCCUACGUCUUCGAUGUAAGGAAAUGUUGUUGGAUAUGGUUGGAUUCUGUUAUCAACAUAAAACAAAGAGAAUACAGUGUCGCUUUCUGUCUUAUCGAACGAAAAAACUGUCUUUAGCGAGUAAGUCCCAAACUGAGAAAAGAAUGAUAAGAGUUGCAACUGAGGUAGUAACUUGUCUUUCUUUAUCUUUUAUGUUUUUCCAUUUACAUUUGACCAUUCAGUUAAAGAUAUAUGGUAUAUAUUUGGAGAGUUCUUUUAACCUACACUUGAUCUUCCUUAUCUUUUGUACUCAGAUACCUGAGAAGUGUUUUCCUGGCUCUCAACUGGAAAAUGUUGUGUUUGAAAUUGUCAAAUCUGAUGGUGUUAUCGACGGAACAGUAAACGAUAAUGAGAAGGGUGAUAUGUCCCAUGCUCUAGUAUUGAAGUCGGACUUAACAGAUAUAGACGAUUCUGUGAAAUGUAGCUUUCGUCAUGGCUGCUGCCCUGUUUGUGCUAUUCCGCUUCCUCAGAUAGAAGGAAGUUUCUCCUUUCUUGCUGCACAUUCUCGCUACCGGAAGCUUAUCGUGACCAUAACGGUGCUUGUAGAGAAAGCUCCUGAAAUCGUGUAUGACAGUAGCCAGCCUCAGUGUACUGAUGAAGAUAAUUUAUCCUUGAGAAGCCAUCCAAUUUGGAAACUCCAAAAGUUCAGCAUGACGAUAGAUCAAUAGAGCUGGUAACAAACCCGGAAUCUGCCAAGGACAUAGAAACUAUAGCUGGAAGCCUUAACAACGAACAAAAUGAACUUAAGGACAAGAUUCUGAAGUAUGCAACGUACAUCGGAGAGCAUGAGAAAACGAUUAAAAUGCUCAAUAGCCAGCGAGAGGCAUUUGAGCAAGCCCUGGCCAAAAUGCAAGAAUUCAGCUUCAUUGGAUGCCAUCUCUGAUGGUGACUCAAGUUAUUCACCAGAUAAGGAGAGAAUGCUGAUAGAGAUUGAAUCAAGUCACACAGCUUCUUCUGUCGUCUGCAAAAUAUCAAGGAACAAGAGAACUUGUGAUUUUUCAAAAGAUAUUAUAGGUGUCGUUGCGCUUCUUGGAAAUGUUGAAACCAAUGAACUUGGCAGGAUUUUGCCAGAGUUUCUGGGUGAGGAGCAAAUGCUUGGAGUCGUGUGUAAAUCUCUUAAAGCAGCUUACAAUCUUGAAACAUGUGAUGUAGAUGGAAGCAUGAAGUGAUCCACUGGUCUUUAAGCACUGGCAUCUGAAUACGGUAUAUCUUUGGAUGGUCGUUAUUCUGUUUUCUGUCUUGAGGAUACAAGAAGUGAAGGAUAAAGGAAAGUGUGUGCAGUCAGAUAGGGCGUAAAGUUUACUCAAUCCAGAAUUUUGAGAUACACCAGGGGCUAGAGAAUAGCCAGGAAGGGCUAGAGAAUAGCCAGGUUGGGCUAGUGAAUAGCCAAUCAGAAAGGCCAACAAGAUGCCUAUGGGUUGUACCAAUAUUAGUAAGCGGGAGAAUUUUGCAUCCAGAACCCCGGACAUGGACUUUACGUGGCUGAUCACCUCUAGGACUGAAGAUGGCUCGUCAGUGUAGGAUGGUGUGUAAAAGUUCGAUCAGGAGAGUUGAGCUAGCUAGGUUCCGCUUUGGGGAAACCAAAUAAAAUAUAUUUAAAACCGUAUUGUAAUCUGUAAUUGCAAGGCAGUUUCUUUUGAGGUAUCGUGUCAAAGGUUACAUUUGGUUAUUAGCUGGGCUUUUUAUCAAAGUUUAACUAGUAAUGUAAAUUAAGUGUGUAAUAACAUUUAGUAAGAAUGUUCUGUUUUCAGUAUUAUAA